AUGUGGACCCCAAAUCCCCCCACUACUGCCAGGGCUCCCAGGCUCCACAAGGUGGUUGAGCCUCUGGAGUUGUUCCAGAAGGGGAACGUGGCCAACCCUCACACCUCGCACUGCCUGGGCACUGGGGACAUCCUCAUCAGCUGCCUGGGGGACCCUGCUGGCAACGGCAAAGGGAGUUUUAUCCUGCUGGACGGGGAGACCUUCGAAGUGAAAGGCAACUGGGAGAGAGGGGGGAAGGUCCCUUCCCUGGGCUACGACUUCUGGUACCAACCCCGGCACAACGUCCUGCUGAGCACGGAGUGGGGAGUUCCCAAAGCCCUGAGGGACGGAUUCAACCCUGCUGAUGUGGGGAAAGGGCACUACGGGCGCCACGUGAACGUGUGGGACUGGAGCAGCCACGUCCUGCUGCAGGCCCUGGAUUUGGGAGAGGGAUCCAUCCCGCUGGAGAUCCGGUUCCUGCACGAGCCGGCGGCGGCCGAGGGGUUCGUGGGGUGCGCCCUGAGUGGGGCUGUGCAUCGCUUCUACAAGACACAG